AUGAUUUCAUCCAGCACAUGGGUCCCUAGAGGUUAUGCCUCAGAAUUCCCCGAGAAAUAUGAAUUGGAUGACGAGGAAAUGGAGAGAAUCAAUUCCAUGGCGCAGCUUGAAAUCAAUGAUGCCAAGGAGGAUUUAGAAGAUGCAAAAAAGACACUAACUGACCAGAUUGACAUUGAUGAUGACUUAAAAGAGUACGAUUUGGAGCACUAUGAUGAUGAAGAAGAAGACAAUGAUGGAGAGAAGGUAACCAUGUUUCCUGGCUUGUCGGCUGCCAAGAUUGACCAGUCUGAAGAUUCAGAGGAUGUUUACUUAUCAUUACCGACGGAAGUGGACGAGAAAGAGGAGAAGAAAGAAAAUCAAAUAUAUCCUACUGACAACUUGGUUUUAGCCACAAGAACCGAAGAUGAUAUUUCGUGGUUAGAUAUAUACAUUUACGAUGAUGGAGCAGGUGCCCCAGCUGGAGCCAAAGAAGAGGAGGAGGACAAAUUAGAUGCCGAUGUUGCCAAUGGUCUCAUCAGAGACUCAACUUUGUACGUCCAUCAUGACAUAAUGUUGCCAGCAUUUCCGUUGUGCGUUGAAUGGAUAAAUUACAAACCUGGACAGCUGGUGGUGGCAGAUUCUAAUAUUGGAAACUUUGCCGCAGUCGGUACCUUUGAUCCUCAAAUCGAGUUGUGGAACUUGGACUUUGUCGACAAGGCUUUCCCUGAUAUUAUUCUAGGAGAAGUUUCUGCCAAAAAGAAGAAGAAGAAAAAGUCUGGACAUGUGACAACCCAUCACACAGAUGCUGUUUUGUCGUUAGCCCAUAAUAAAACUCACAGGUCUGUGUUGGCUUCCACAUCGGCUGACAGCACAGUAAAGCUUUGGGACCUAAAUACGGGUACGGCUGUGCGAUCUUUGAACCAAAUACACCACGGAAAGACGGUCUCCUCUUCCCAAUGGAACCCUUCUGAGCCAUCAAUUUUGUUAACAGGUGGUUACGAUUCGAAGGUUGCUGUUUCUGAUGUGCGACUUACCGACAACCUCUCCAAGUGUUAUUCUGUCGGUUCUGGAGAGGAAGUGGAGAAUGUUAGAUGGAGUUCAAACCCAGAAGUGUUCUAUGCUGGUACUGACCAAGGUAACGUCUAUUGCUUUGACAUUAAAGCUUCCAAACCAUUGUGGACCUUGCAUGCACAUGAUGCUGGAAUCUCGUCAUUGGAUAUUAACAACUACAUUCCUGGUAUGUUGGUAACUAGUGCCAUGGGAGAAAAGACAGUAAAGUUGUGGAAGGCGCCUGAAGAAGGAGGUCCAUCCAUGAUUUUGUCAAGAGACUUUGGUCUCGGUAAUGUGUUGACCACUUCCUAUGCAAAUGAUAUAGAGGUUGCUGGUAACUUGGUCAUUGGUGGUGUGACUGGUGGUUUAAAGAUGUGGGAUACAUUUUCCAAUAGAUCAGUAAAGAAUGGAUUCAAAGAUGAGUUAAAACUCUUACAGAUAAAAGCCAGGGAUGAGGCAAAGGCUGCUGGUCGUGCAUCAAGAAUAGCUAGAAAAUAUCAGACUGAUGUUAGUGACACAGUGCUAGAGGUGGAUGGAUCUAAAGAUGAUUCCGAAUCCGAAGACGAAGGUGAGGGUUUUGAAGGUGGCGAGGAAAUAGAUGAAGAGGUAGAUGAGGAGUAA